UCUUAUCACAUUUCAAAUUUAAUUUCUCCCAUUUCCCGGAUUGUUUUCGAUAAAUUAUCGUGUUUCUCGAAUUUUCGCAAUCCCUUCAACCAAAUUUUCAAUGCUGUCUGAAGUCUAUAAAACUCUACUUCUCGCCGUCUGCUGCUUUUCUGCCGUCGAUGGAUUCCGUAAUGUGUGCUCUGGAUCCGAUUUGAGCGUGAGAUCCAACUUGGACGUUAAGCAGCUCAGUGAAUUGCUGAAGGAGGAUCCGUGUACUCAUGUUGCUGGGGAUGUUGUGAUUGAGAACUUGACUGACAUCGCAAUUCCAAUUGAAGUCUACAAACGUGUUCGCCACGUGCACGGAUCGAUAAUCAUUGCGAACAACACAAAUAUCAGCUCUCCAAUCCAUUUCCCGUCUCUCCGGUCCAUCAAUGCAUCGCUUCUUCCGUGCAUUUUGGUCCUCUUCAACGAAAACGUCAAAUUUUCAGUUGGCGGUCAAUUUUCGAAGGCUCUGACCCAACAUCCGAUAAAGUUUGCGGUUCUUAAAAAUAAGAAUCGUGUUAUUGAUAUGAAUGAUUACAACUUGUGGUAUUUGGCGGGACAUCCAGCUCGUACAUUCCUUAUCGACUCGAGUCUCUCCGCAGAAAUUUGCCUGGAGGAUGUAUUCAAACCACUCGCCGGAAUCAUGGGUUUCCUGUUUGUAGCACUUGCUUCCGCGUUGUCUACGAUCUUGUUCUAUGACCGAUCGAACUGAUGAACAAUCUCUGUACUAUUUCAUAUGGACAAUAAAAUAGUUUACACAC